AUAUAAGAAUCAGUGAAUGGGCACACACUUUCCAGCUUCAAGAGGCUGCAGAGGAGAGGACCAGUAGAGCCUUUGAUACCACACAGACCUAGGGCUGUUCAGAAGCUUCAAGAACAUAACAGGAACCUGUGAUUGAGACUACCUGGGAGCGGAAGAAGAGAAUGGCUUCCAAAAACUGGCUGCUCCUGCUCCUGAGCUGUACCUCAGUCACAGUCAUCCUAGGAGAUAUUCUCUUGAGACCCAGCUGCAGCACAGGAUGGUUUUACUACAGAUCCAGUUGUUACGGAUAUUUUCGAAAACUUCAAAGUUGGUCUGAUGCUGAGCUGGAGUGUCAGGCCUUUGGAAAUGGGGCCCACCUAGCUUCUGUCCUGACUCCAAAGGAUGCCAAAGCCAUAGCCAAGUACAUCUGGGGCUAUCAGCGCAGCCAGCCUGUCUGGAUUGGUCUCAAUGACCCCCAAAAGAAUAACAACUGGCAAUGGAUUGAUGGAGGCUCCUUUAUCUACAAAGCCUGGGCUAACAGUUCUCACUAUCAAAAUAAGGCCUGUGGGGAGAUGGCAUAUCAGGACAAUUUCUUAACCUGGAGCAAAAACGACUGCAAUAAGCGCCAACAUUUCAUAUGCAAGUACCGACCCUAGAAGUGAGGCUUAGUCCCCACACCAGCCACAAGCAUGUUCCUUUUUCAUCUCUAUCCCAAUGGUAAGAUUCCAUGAGCUACUGGAAAGACUUUUCCCUCUUCAGCCCUUCCCCACCAGUUUUUAUCGGCAAUGUAUCAGCAAUGGAGCCAACUGAUUUCUGAAGAAUUAACUUUUCAAUUCACAUGUGUUCUCCCCUUUCCCUCCCUCCUGCCUGUCCUUGGGCAGACUGAUGACAGCGACAGAAGGAAGGACAUCAACUCCAAAUGAUGGAGGACCUCUGCGUCUUUAAGCGGUGGCAGACGGAGGGGUAGGAAGUAAAACAAGUUUUCUCAGUACAUGGGCUGCUUGCUCUAGCUCUGUGGGAUCUUCCUCCUCCAGUUUCACUUACCUUGACCCUUGUAACUGACGUAGCCUCCCAACUCUUGCCAGAAGAAUAUGUAUCCAGUGCAAAGUACAAUCUGUCUUCCACCAGGCUAGAGCUAGGUCAUGAGCCCUGCUGUUCCCUUUUAAUAAAUAGCUGUGUGCAUAAAA